AGCCGGAUCGGCUUUCGGCCGCGGCAGCGGGGAAGGAUGGGAGAGGCCAGAAGAAUGAGUGUGUUGACCGAGGCCUCCCAAGCGGCGCUGCCAGUGAAGAUCGGCCAGGCGUCGGAUGAGGCCGUCGCGCUGUUCUCUAGCAAGUCUUCAGAGGAGCUCUUGCCGCGCAAGACCACAGACCUCGGGGAUGAUGAACUGAGCAUCGAGACGGCCUUCGUGACCUCCUGGAUCUUCGAGAUGGGCUGCGGCGUCGUCAUCAUGAUCAGCGUCCUCACGGUGGCCUGGGAGGUGGACGGCAUGCAGGCGCCCGUGUUCCUGCAGUUCAUGGAGAGCCUCGUGACCAGCUUCUUCCUCAUGGAGUGGUUGGUUCGCCUCAAGGUGAUGGGCUGGCGCUGGCUGCUGGAUCCCACGGUGAUCUUCGACACCUUUAUCGUCUGGGUGCCCGGCGUUCUGGCCGUCUGGAUCUUGCAGCCUUUGGUCCAGGGCGACUCCACCGACUUUCUGAAAGUCGUGCGCACCGUGCGAAUGUUGCGGCUCCUGCGGAUAGUGCUGUUCUUCAAGCACUUCAAGGCCUUCCAGGACCUUUUCCAACUCGUGCGGGGCCUCCUCAGUAGUGGUGGCACGCUCUUGUCGGCGAUGGGCCUGAUUGCGGCCACGCUGUACAUGUUCGCCAUCUUCGCCAUCGACCUCAUCGGCAGCCAGGAUUUCUCAGGCGCAGACGAGGAAAUCUUGGAGACGCAAGCUCUCUUCCAGGGCCUCUUCACUACGAUGAUCACGCUGAUACGGUUCAUGCACUCCGACGAUUCUCAAGGAAUCAUGGACGUGCUGAUCAAGCAGCAGCCGUGGAUCUGGGUCUUCCUUUGGCUCUUCACUGCCUUGUGCGCAUAUGUGCUCCUGAACUUGGUCACCGCCGUGAUUGUGCAGCAGGCCUUGGAAAUGGCUGGGGCGGAUGAGGCGGAGCUGGCUCAAGAGCUCCAGGAGAAGCGGAAGAAGGAUCUGCAAGAGCUGGAAGACACCUUCAAGAAGCUGGAUGAAGACCAAAGCGGUCAGGUGAGCCUCGAGGAGUUCAUGCAGGCGUUCAAGAUCAAGGAGAUCCGGACCAAGAUGACGCUGCUAGGCCUCAAGGAGAAAGAGAUGGUCGACCUCUUCCGCUUGCUGGACACAGAUGGCGAGGGUGAGUUGUCGCUCGAGGAGUUCAUGCAGGGAAUGAGUCAGCUGCAGGGCCAGGCUCGAAACAAGGACAUGGUGCUCCUCGAGAAGAGCAUCGAGCGCCUAGGGAAGAAGCUCACGCAGUUGGCGGAAAGCGACGUGCCCGGCGAGCAGCGGCGGCAAGGCUUCGACGAGAAGACUGGCUCCAGGCUUCGCCGGCAGCUCGUUCAGAUCAAAUCCGACAUCGACGGCCGCCUCUUGCGAGCCGAGAAGGAUGUGGAGGAGGUGGCACAGCUGCUCUACCGGCUGGCGCAAGAGUGCGCGGCGCUGAUGCCCAGCGCAUCCUCCAAGGUGCCGGAGCCGCCACCCAGAAAGGAGCUGGCGCCCCAUAGUGCAGCCGCAGGCCGGCUGGCAGUGUCGAGGGGGAGCCUCUUCAGCGGGGGUCCAGAACCAACCGGUCUUCCGCCAGGUCGGGCGGUUGCAUCUAGAGGCAGCCUCCUAAGCGGCGGAGCCGUCUUGGGCCUUGCGCCAAGUCUCAGCUUCGGGCCAGCAUCGCCAGAGGGAGUGGCAGGUGCUAGCGCCAGUCAGAAGGAGGUUCCGGUGGCCAGCUUCUUCUCGGAGUCGAAGGAGAGUGAGAAUUUCGAGAUCGAAAUUCACUAAUCGCCGUGGAUUUGAGGCGGCGCGAUCAGCUCGCAGAAUGGGCUUGGGCUGCUCCUCAGCCCAAACUUGGACGCCAA